UGCAUUGACUUGUUCGCCGUCCUCUAGAUGCUUCCUCGACUUACUUGUCAGUGAAACAAAAUUAAGUUUAGAUUUAUCUUUCUCCGAGUGCGAAACUAAACACCUCAUUUUUUAACACGUGAUUAUCCCGCGCCAAGCCUUUCGUGCAAUCACUCUUGUCUAUUCGCAUUGCACGUCACUAAGGAAUUUACUCAAGUUACUCAAGGAAAAUGACAAAACGGGUUUUCAUCGUAACUAUUGCCCUGCUGGCUUUGGCUGCCGGUGCCAUGAGUGCUUCACUUCAGCACCAAUCGAGUCUCGAGGACGAUAACGAGAUCGAUCUAACCGGCUCCGGGAAGACCAGCAACAAGAUAACGAUGCUCGAGAUGACCAAAGCCCUUCUAAUGGAGCAAGUAGCUCGUGCCACAUCCACCAGCGAGGUGUUGACGCUCAACAUCACAAAUCUGGUCGUCCUGCUAGUCAUCAAAGCCAUCAUCUUUGGCUUCGGAUUCCUGGGCAGUUUUGGACGUCGGUCGUCGCCACCGUCGUUCUCUGAAUUCCUUAUCGAUCGUAACGAUUUGAUGAUGGUGAUGAGCUACGCCUUGGGUUCGGCCACCGACGACUACAGCUGCCUCUACCGUACGGCGUGUGACGAGCCAGAAGCCGCGCAGAGAUACAUGACUGCCACCAAGGUGCUGGUGAAGGGGGCUAAGCUCUUCAAAAAUGAAAUUGCUGGUUACAAUGCGGACUUUGAAGAUGUCAUCUACGGCGUUCAGGAGGCCAUCGAGUUCCGCAAAGGAAGUGGUGUGUGCCACAAACAAUACACCUGCAAGCCGAUGGAAUGAAUUCCACAAUUCGUCGUAUGAUCAACUUAUCUAAGCAAAAUGAUUCGUUUAUUCCCGCAAUUCUAUCAAAAGAUUAAUUCCUUUCUCCCUUUUUGCUACAUUUCCCUCUACAAUUUGAGUUGCAAAUGAGCUAACAAAGUCAGCUCUUUCAAUUCGGUCUUCCCCAUUCGUCCUGUUUGAAUUGAUUAGAGCUGGCAUUGAUACCUCAUUUAUGGCUUCAAAGCGGGCUCUGUUAUCUUUCUUUUCCAUAAUGUUGUGGCUCUUUAUUCAGAGGUUAAUCACAGAGCCCACUUCUUGCGACACACAAACUACUAUACUGACGAAGUAAAACGUUUAUGCGUGGACACGUCAUCCAGUAUUAGCAAAACUAGUGUACAUAGGAGAUUUCCCGUUUAAUUCGCGCUGUAUGUGAUCGUGUGCCUUUCCUCAGUAAAACUGUAUUGAGUAAUUUAAUGACAAUAAAAAUAAAUCAAUUUAUUCCUGUU